AUGGCGGCCGUGGCUGCAGAGGCGGCAGCGACUGCAGCGUCCCCCGGGGAGGGGGGCGCCGGCGAGGCCGAGCCGGAGAUGGAGCCCAUCCCCGGCAGCGAGGCCGGCACUGACCCCCUCCCGGUCACCGCGACGGAAGCAUCCGUGCCGGACGGCGAGGCCGACGGGCAGCAGUCUUCUCCUCAGGCCGACGAGCCGCCGCUCCCGCCGCCACCGCCGCCGCCGGGGGAGCUCGCCCGCAGCCCGGAGGCGGCGGGGCCGGAGCUGGAGGCUGAGGAGAAGCUGCCUGCCCGGGUGGCGGAGCCGGCGGCAGCCGCGCCUCAGGAAAGACCCGACCUUCCACCUUCCCCUACAUCGCCGCCCGAGCAGCCCCCAGCUCCCGAGGAGCGCCAGGAACCGCCGCUGCCCCAGCCCGCAGCCCCGGCGCUCGUGCCGCCGGCGGGUGGGGACUCCGCGGUGUCGCAGCUGAUUCCCGGCUCCGAGGUGCGGGUCACGCUGGACCACAUCAUUGAGGACGCGCUCGUCGUGUCGUUCCGUUUAGGGGAGAAGCUCUUCUCCGGGGUCCUUAUGGAUCUGUCCAAAAGGUUUGGGCCCCAUGGGAUCCCUGUGACAGUGUUUCCCAAAAGGGAAUAUAAGGAGAAACCUGAAGCCAUGCAGCUCCAAAGUAAUACAUUCCAAGAAGGGACAGAAGUUAAGCGUGAAGUGAAUGGUGCUGUUCCCGAUGACCCUUCUCCCAUCUCGCCUCCCGAGCCAGGCUUGGCUGAAAGCCUGUGGACUUCCAAACCACCGCCUCUCUUCCAUGAAGGAGCACCUUACCCUCCCCCUUUGUUUAUCAGGGACACCUAUAACCAGUCAAUACCUCAGCCACCGCCUCGGAAAAUUAAGCGACCCAAACGAAAAAUGUACAGGGAAGAACCUACUUCAAUAAUGAAUGCUAUUAAACUGCGACCCAGGCAAGUCCUGUGUGACAAGUGUAAAACCAGUGUUGUUGCAGAGAAAAAGGAAAUUAGAAAAGGUAGUAGUGCAAGUGACUCUUCUAAAUAUGAAGAUAAAAAACGGAGAAAUGAAAGUGUAACUACUGUGAACAAAAAACUGAAAACUGACCAUAAAGUGGAUGGGAAAAACCAAAAUGAAAGCCAGAAAAGAAAUGCUGUGGUGAAGGUUUCCAAUAUUGCUCACAGCAGAGGCAGAGUAGUCAAAGUUUCUGCUCAGGCAAAUACAUCAAAAGCUCAGUUAAGUACUAAAAAAGUGCUCCAGAGUAAGAACAUGGAUCAUGCAAAAGCUCGGGAAGUGUUGAAAAUUGCCAAAGAAAAGGCACAAAAGAAGCAAAGUGAAACCUCUGCAUCCAAAAAUGCACAUUCAAAAGUCCAUUUCACACGUCGCUAUCAGAGUCCUAGCUCAGGUUCCCUUCCACCCCGGGUUCGUUUAAAACCACAAAGGUACAGGAAUGAAGAAAAUGACUCUUCUUUGAAGACGGGACUUGAGAAAAUGCGGAGUGGCAAGAUGGCACCCAAGCCCCAGUCUCGCUGCACCUCUACCCGCUCAGCAGGUCUCAACAAAUGGCAGCUAUUACAUCAGACAGUGACGAGUCCUGCUGCUCCCUUACAGUGUCUGACAGACCACUGUGGAUUCAGACUGGGAGCGUUGAAGUUAACAGUGAGACGGGCAGCACAAAGACAUUAGCAGGAUGCUGGUUUCAUGGACCGGUCCCAUAAUGACACCACACCAGAGCGUCAGGACUGAAUGACAUUGGAGACUCAGAUUUUUAAAGCUGCACUAAGAAGUUAAUGUUAAGGCAGUGGUUAAAACCAACAGUCUAUAAAGGGGCACUUGCAAAUUUUGCUAUAUGAAACCGAAGAAAAGGUAUUAGGGGAAUAUUUUAUAAAAAACUAUUGCAAUAAGUUAUGCAUGAGAGGAGGAGAAAAGUGAUACGAAACACGCAGAGAACUCACUUGAAUCUUAUGUAUCAAGAAUCACUGACCGUAACUUUUUCUGAAUGUGAAGUUCUUUUCAGUACAGUUUAGACAGGCCUAAAAGGCAUGGGAUGAUGACAGAGAUGAUGAAUUAUUUUUUAAACUAAAAUUUUGUGCUUUCUCCAAGGUUUUGUUAAUCCAUUUAGAUAGGAGCAAGGGCAUUUCUAAGACGGCUCUCCUGUGAACACAGCAAGUGUCACAGCUGCCAGGCGAGGCCAAGGUCUCCUUCAGGGUACCAGGGGAAACAACAGGGAAGAUUUUCUAACAUCCUACUAAAGGAUGGCGAAGUGCCCUGCCCCACCCCGCAGAGAAUUUGGAUCUUUUCUUUCUUCAAUAAAACAGGGCUGUAUUAUCUUGAAUAUACGUUUGCUUGUUAGAACAUAUUAAGAUGUAUUUAUUUGCCACCAGUAUUUAACAUUUUGUGCACAUUUUCAUAACUGCAUCUUACCUUUUAAAUUCUGACUCAAAGUGGAUAGGCUAGUGUUGACCUUAGAGUGAAAAUAUGUACUCUAAGAGCUAGUUCUUAAUUCUACUGUGGUGGAAAGGCUUUUUUCCUGAAUUUUGAUGUGGACCUCUCUCAUGGAGAGCCCUUCCUUCCAACUGCAAGAUAUCCUCCCAGGUGUCAGGUGGGACUUGACCCUGGGAACAAGCAGUAGGAACAGACCCAUAAAGAGCUUUCAUGCAUGGAACAUGAAUUCUUAUUAAUGGAGACCAUAAUGUUUUUCUUGUCUUUGGAAAAUACAUAUUAUGAAAAACCUUAAUUUUUCUUUUUAAUGAAUGGAAAAACUUUCAUGAGGAAAACAGAUGGACCUAUUAGUACUACAUUUUUAAGGCAUUUUAUAUUUGAUGGUGCCGUACUUUUAAUAAAACUGAAGUUUUUUAGUGGCAAUACGGAUUUAUUUUUUAAACCAGAAAGAUAGACCAUAUUGACUACUUAAUACAAAAAAGGGGGGGGAAAUGCCAAAAAAUAAAAUAUAAAAUUCAUUUGAAGCAACAUAACAGAUAACUGAGCAUUUGGCUCAAAUUAUCUGUUAACUUUCCAUAAUCUUACUGUAUAGGUUUGACCCGCACUCAGGAUUAAGAAAAGGUUCUGAGUGAGAGCUGGAGAACGUCUGAUACACCUGACUAGGACUUGUUUUCACAACUCAAGAAGAAAAGGAAGACAGUCUUCUAGUGAGCUUAAUACAAAUUCUAAUUACAUGGCAAGUAAUUUAAAGUUUGGAGGACAUUCUAAAGUCUUUUGGGAAAUCUUCAUGAAGUCAUUAUACACAUUUGAUCAAAUCUGAAAAAGUCCGCUCAGGAACUGGAGCAGCAGGGAGCUCUAAAGAUUACAUGUAGCUCUGUGGCCCCUCUUCAUGGCCCUAGGGCUUCGGCUGGAGUCCAUCUUGUUCUUUCUGAGAUCGAACACCAGCAGUACCUUUCAGGCUCACUUCAAGAAUCCUGUAACUCCACACCAUGGUGACUGUCCAAUACCGAAGCUUUAGGAUUCUUUGCGCAGUGAUGGAAAUGACCGAGAAAUAAAAAUACAAAGGCAAAACCUGAUCUCUCCCAAUUCUUUUAAGUUACCUAAAUAUUUUUUCUCAUGACAAAAUUCUCAAAGGUGUUUUGUUAUAAACCAUGUUUUCGUUUUUUAAUAAAUGAAAUUUGGUGGUAUUUAAGAUCUAGACAUACCAUGUUGCUGUUUCACUUUUCAUUGCUUUAGUUGCUUAAUAUUUAAGCUUUGCUCCAUGCCGCCUUUGUCUGUAUUUCACAUCUUCACAAGCCUAUUUCAUUUUGUAGACUUGAAUGACAAAAGUUGUUUCUCAUCUAAAGUAUGCUAAGACUUAAAUGUUAAAGAAUGUUGUGUAACAUUUAUCCAAUAAAGUCUUGAUUUU